CCGGGCCGCCUGGGCGGGGUCCGCAGGGCUCGAGCGCAGCCGUGUCCGCAGCCGCGAGCAGCUUCUGGACUGUGACCGUGACCGGGACGUGGAGCCCGCGGAGCCGCCAUGGCAGCCAAGGGAGGCACCGUCAAACCCGCAUCAGGAUUCAGUGCUACCGAGGAUGCACAGACCCUGAGGAAGGCCAUGAAGGGGCUUGGCACCGACGAAGAUGCCAUCAUCGGAGUCCUGGCCCACCGCAGCACGGCCCAGCGCCAGGAGAUCAGGACGGCCUACAAGAGCACCAUCGGCAGGGACCUGAUGGACGACCUGAAGUCGGAGCUGAGCGGCAACCUCGAGCGGGUGAUCGUGGGGAUGAUGACGCCCACCGUGCUGUACGACGUGCAGGAGCUGCGCAGGGCCAUGAAGGGAGCCGGCACGGACGAGGGCUGCCUCAUCGAGAUCCUGGCCUCGCGGACGCCCGAGGAGCUCCGGCGCAUAAACCAGACCUACCAGCUCCAGUACGGCCGGAGCCUCGAGGACGACAUUCGCUCCGACACGUCCUUCAUGUUCCAGAGGGUGCUGGUGUCGCUGUCGGCCGGUGGCAGGGAUGAAGGACAUUUUCUGGACGAUGCUCUCAUGAGACAGGAUGCUCAGGACCUGUAUGAGGCUGGAGAGAAGAAAUGGGGGACAGAUGAGGUGAAAUUUCUGACUGUUCUCUGCUCCCGGAACCGAAAUCACCUGUUGCAUGUGUUUGAUGAAUACAAAAGGAUAUCACAGAAGGAUAUUGAGCAGAGUAUUAAAUCUGAAACAUCCGGUAGCUUUGAAGAUGCUCUGCUGGCCAUAGUAAAGUGCAUGAGGAACAAAUCUGCAUACUUUGCUGAAAGGCUUUAUAAAUCUAUGAAGGGCUUGGGCACAGAUGAUGACACCCUCAUCAGGGUUAUGGUGUCUCGAGCGGAGAUUGAUAUGAUGGACAUCAGGGAGAACUUCAGGAGGCUUUACGGAAAGUCUCUGUACUCCUUCAUCAAGGGUGACACAUCUGGAGACUACAGAAAGGUUCUGCUCAUUCUCUGUGGAGGAGAUGAUUAAAAUAAAAUCCAAGAAGGAAAGGAGGAAUCCCAACACAUUGAAAUUUUUUUUAACUUCAUUUUUCUACACUGCUAUUAGCAUUAUCUCAGAAUGCUUAUUUCCAAUUAAAACGCCUACAGAUGCUUCCUAGGAUACAGACUGACUCUUAUUAUUCAUCAGCAAUUACUCAUUAUGAUGCUUUAAAGUUGUACUUGCAUUUCAAAGCUUAUAAAACCUAAAAGGAGAUUUAAAAUUAGAAAUAAAAAUGUACUCCACCUUUUAAACAGAUUUCCUCAUCUGUGUUUCACAGAAAUUGGAAUGUACUAAAUUUAUUUCAUGAUUUUGGUGAAAAACUACUGAAAUGGAAGAUUGAAAGACUAUUCUAAAAUCACUCUCUGCUUCCCUAGUUCUGAUUUCAAAGUGACUAGUAAUUUCUUGAUUUGAAAUUGUGAGUAUCUAGUUCAUAAGACUAUCUAUCCAAUUUGCUAUUUUGCAUGACCACACUUUGAAGACAUCCAAUAAUCUCCUUUGUUUAGAUUUUGUCUCUACUGUUAGUUAAUCUACAAAAGUUUGCAUUGGAGACUUCCUUCCUCACAUCUUAUGUUAAGAUUACUACUCUCUCCAGGUUGACGUAUACCAAAAAUCAGCCAGCUUUCUGACAAAUUAAAUUCUAGGUGUGGUGAUACAGAUUAUAUAUGUGUGAUUAACAAACAUAAAUGCUGAACAUUCCAUGUUGUUACGGUUAAUAUCUUAAUCUAGCUGGAAGAUGAAUGGAAAAAAGUGUGCAACUAGGUUUUGUUUUUUGUUUUUUUUUUUUGGUGAUGGUAUAAUGUUCUGAAUUUACUUAAAGGAAUUCUUUUUGUGCUAAAAAUAAUUUUAAAAAUAUUUUUCAAUUCUGUUAAUUUGUAGUAAUUUACGUUUGCAUGUGCCUUUCAACUCUAGAAUUAUUCUGAAGUUGUACUUGAUUUUAAUCAAAAGUUCAGUUUGAAUACAUGGAAAAAUAAUUUUAAUAAAAUAUG